AUGGCCGUGCGUGAGGCGUUCGCGACAACGGAUCGAGACAUCCUCGCGCUUUCAGAGAGGAAGAAGUUCGACUCCGUCGGCUCCACUGCCGUUUGCGCGCUGCUGCACGGCAACCCAAAGCUGGGAACGGCGCUGCGGCUGGUGCUUGCACAUAUCGGGGACUCUCGAGCGAUCCUCUGCCGAGCCGGGCAAGCGGUCCAGAUCACCGAAGACCACAAGCCGGACAGGAUAGACGAGAAGAAGCGGAUAGAGAGGGCAGGGGGCUUGGUUUUGAACGUCCGUGGGGCGUGGCGGAUCGCGGCCCCGGCCAACCCGCGUGGGUCUACAAAGUCCUCGCGCCGGGAAUACCAGGGCCUCUCCAUCACCAGGUCCUUAGGGGACGCUUGCUUCAAGAACCCGGCCUUGUCAGCGGCCGACCCAGAGGUCAGGGUCCUGCCGAUUUCCGACAAGGACCUCUUCAUCGUCCUCGUUACCGAGGGGGUCACAAGAGUCCUCUCCAACCAAGACGUGAUAGACUGUGCCAGCAAACAUUGGGCUGACUCAGAAGAAGCCGCAAAGAAUAUCGUGCGCACGGCGUUUCAGGCCGGCAGCGACGAGAACUUGACCGCCUUGGUCGUUCAAUUCGGGUGGGCCGACAAGCACACACCACGGUACAUCGAAAGGAGACGCCAGAUGGUGGCGCAAGGUGUAGAUGGGGGAAGCCCGGUCAUGAAGCCGACGGCGCCGAGCAAGGAGGUCUUCUCUGAUAAAGCCGUGGAGAAGGAUGAUUUUGACAUGUUUGGCUGA